ACUAAUUCCAAACUCUCUCGUCCUUCCGAGCAAAAACCUUCUCUUCCAAACGAUCUCAGAGAAAAUCUCUGCAAAUAUGUUGGUUUACAAGGACUUCCUCACAGGUGACGAACUUCUCUCGGACUCCUUCCCCUACAGAGAAAUUGAGAAUGGAAUGUUGUGGGAAGUUUCUGGAAAGUGGGUUGUUCAAGGAGCGAUUGAAGUCGACAUUGGCGCAAAUCCUUCUGCCGAAGGUGUGGAAGAUGAAGGUGUUGACGAUCAAGCUACCAAAGUUGUUGAUAUUGUUGACACAUUCAGACUUCAGGAGCAACCUGGUUUUGACAAGAAGCAGUUUCUUGUGUUCAUGAAGAGGUAUAUUAAGCUGCUGAUCCAAAAACUUGACGAGGAGAAACAAAAACUGUUCAAAAAACACAUUGAAGGAGCAACUAAAUUCCUGCUCUCCAAGAUUAAGGAUCUUCAGUUCUUUGUUGGAGAGAGUAUGCAUGAUGAUGGCAGCUUGGUGUUUGCUUAUUAUAAGGAUGGUGCCACUGAUCCCACGUUUCUGUACUUUGCAUAUGCUCUCCAGGAGAUGAAGUGCUAAGCCACAUAGCUACACACGGAAUUUUUUAUUUUUUU